CUCUCUGGCGCUGGCCUCUCUUUGGCGCCGCCCCCUGGUUACCAGGAGACUCUCCCCCUCCCUCAUCAUCAGCCGGCCUAUCCCUGCUGCCGCCAUGCGGGUUGUGGAUCUGUGUCUGGCCUCCGAAGGCACCGAGGUCAUCUUGGCCACGUCCAGCGAUGAAAAGUACCCUCCCGAGAACAUGAUUGAUGGGAACUCCACCACGUUCUGGACCACCACGGGGAUGUUCCCCCAGGAGUUCAUCAUCUGUUUUCACAAACAUGUGAAGAUCGAAAGGCUCUUCCUCCAGUGUUAUUUUGUGCGGGGCAUUCGGAUCGAGAAGAGCAACGCCAAGGAGCCCGUGGACUUUGAGCGAUGGGUGGAAAGAGACCUUGUGCUCACAGAGGGCCAGAUGCAGAUGGAAGAGUUUAUGUUCCGGGAUGGCUAUGCGACUCACUUGCGGUUCAUCAUCAAAUCGGCCUUCGAUCACUUUGUGUCUGUGCACAAAGUUAACAUAGAAGGAAUCAGCGUCUCGUCCCUCACCUAGGAUUCCUGAAACGGCUGGGGGGGGGGGGGGAUUUGUACCACUGUGUAAAUACUCGGUAAUCUCGAUAAGUUUAUUAAAAGUGUUUGGAUUCAC